UUAUUCUCAUUCCGUUUGAGUUUUCAAAUAAUACAUUCGAUUUCAAUAUCCCUGUUUGUAGAAAACCGAAUUAGCCGCCUUCCCCUCCCGCCGCUUCCUUGGACAAUUGCUCAGAAAGUUGAAUGAGUUAAAAGUAUUUCUCUGCCUCAGUGAGCGUGCUGUUCCCCGACAACAGCACAGCCAACCUCCCUCCCCUGCGCUUCAGUAUCGCGACGUUUUGCCGCAGUGACCUCAGACGUUUGGAGGUGGAUUGGCCUGAACUUUUUCAGCAACUUCCAGCAACCGGUUGCACUCGGGGCAGGGGGUUGGUUUUGAAGCAGGCAGACACAUCACUGCAAGGCGAACUGCUGCAUUGACAACUUGUGUGCUCUGACCUGGAUCUUAAAUCUCACUUCGAGAGACUGGAAACUAAGAGCUUCGGUACCUUUCCCCGACACUUCUGUUCAGAAACGGGCUGUUCCAGCGGAAUAAUUCCAGCUGCCUUAAAAAUGGAAAUGGAGGAUAUGCGUGGCAAGCCUUUGAACAUCUGAAUAUAAAAGAGCUCCAUUUGUCCUGCAAGAUGAAGGCUUAAGUCUUGGUGAUGAACCGGUCAAUAAACAAAGUCCUCUGGCGUUUCCCAGUAACACCUGUGAUGCUCAUUUCUUUAACUAUUUGCUAGGCUUGUGAUUGAAAUGCUUCUUGGGUUCUUCAUGAAGUGUUACCAAACCUGAGCUGGCAACAGGAAGGCUAAGCCGGAAAGAAGAAAAAAAAAAGUACAAUUUUCUUCAAGCCACGGUAGUUAAAUAAUCUGUGAAAUCCGUAUUAUGAAAAUGCCACAUGGAUCAUCAGAGAGAAGCUUUACAGAUCACGAUCAGCUCGAACAUGUAUAUUUUUGAAAAUUAUUCUACAAAUAAUUAUUAUUAACUUUCAACUGGACUUGCUUGGAAGUUGCUCUCGUGGAGAUUUGUACGAUGAAAGAAAUGGUCGUGUAUUUAGUGAAAGCUGUUGUGAGAAACCAGUGUGGAGUAUGACCAGUUUAAAACGUUCCCAGACUGAAAGGGUGGGCAUCAGCGCCACUUCAAUUUAUGGGCCUGAACUAACGAUAGGCUCGCGCUCAGAUGACUUCUAUUCAAGGCGAUUCCGAGCGCCCAAUGGUACUUUUGGUUCUCCGGGUUCAACGGGGCCACCACGAAGUGAAAGUGCUCACCAUGUCGGUGCAACACCAAGUGUGCCUAAAAUGGGUGUUCGAGCAAGAAUUGCGGAUUGGCCUCCCAGGAAGGAUAUGGGGAAGGACUCUUGCAGAACAAGUGAUCAGGAAUCUGCAGGCAGUCCUGAGGGCACGGUGAUGUCUAUCCACUCCAGUAGCCCAAGCAGCAGGUUGUGCCAAAGUAAUCAAAAUUCACUGGAGUCUUUGUCCUCGAAGAGGAUGCACAGUGAUUAUAGACCAUGCAAGGCACAAGAAAUGGAGAACUUGGAUUCUAGGUUUCUUACACCUGAUGGUUACCUCCAGUCCCCUGCAAAGAACCUUCGCAGAAUAAGGCAGCGGAGCAAUAGUGAUAUCACGAUCAGUGAGCUGGAUGUGGACGGAGGAGAAGAGUAUGGAGCUUUGAGCCACAAAAUGGGAGCUGCUAUUCAUCGUGAGUAUGGUAGCACUUCCUCCAUUGACAAGCAUGGUAUGUCAGGAGAUAGUUUUUUUGAUUUAUUAAAGGGUUACAGAAAUGAUCAGACAGAUCAACGCAGCCCAGCACCAGAGCAACUCAGCGAGCUAUUAAAGGCAGAAGCUAAUAAAGCUUAUGGCUCCAGCAUGGACAGUGCCAAACACGACUCGGUUGAUGGUUUCUUUGCACACAGAGGGAGUCCCAGGCCACAGCACAAAGAAAGAGAGAAACCGCUUAAGAGGAGGUCAAAAUCCGAAACGGGAGACUCUUCCAUUUUCCGCAAGUUGCGCAAUGCCAAAGGUGAGAGUGAGUUGGGCAAGUCGGCAGACUUCGAGGACAGCAAAUCAGAGGACAGUAUGAGGAGCUGGACUGGCCAAAAAUGCUUUGCCCAUUACGAUGUGCAGAGCGUGCUCUUUGACUUGAAUGAAGCCGCGAUGACCAGACAUAGUGUUAUUAAGAGAAGGAACACCACAACAGGUGCCUCAGCGGCUGCUGCUGCCUCAUUGUCUGCUGGUCCGCUUGCACAUUCGAUCAGCUUCAGCUCUCCUGCAGGAAGCACAGAAGACCUGAACUCAAAAGAGAAUCUCAAUGUAGACUAUGGAGAUGAGAAAAGCAAUGAACUUGUGCUAAGUUGUUCGUACUUCCGGAAUGAGAUUGGCGGAGAAGGAGAGCGCAAGGUUAGCCUCUCCCGGUCGAAGUCUGGGUCACUGAGUGGAACUGAAAGCAACUCCUUUGAACUUUCCUUGAGCUCGCACUGUACAAAUGCAGGAGUUGCAGUGUUAGAGGUAGCAAAGGAAAACUUGGCUGUGCAUUCUGACAAAGUGAAGCGAUAUAUAGUAGAGCAUGUGGACCUCGGAGCUUACUACUACCGGAAGUACCUCCACCAGAAAGAACACUCAAACUAUUUUGGGGUGGAUGAAAAUUUGGGUCCUGUGGCAGUGAGCAUUAGACGGGAAAAAUUGGAGGACAGUAAGGAGCAUGGACCUCAGUACAACUACCGAAUUAUCCUGAGAACAAGUGAGCUGACUACAUUGCGAGGUUCUGUUUUGGAAGAUGCAGUUCCUUCAACAGCCAAGCAUGGCACCGCCAGAGGUAUACCUAUGAAAGAAGUACUUGAAUUUGCUGUCCCAGAACUUAGUGUCAAUUGCCUGAGACUGGGACUGAAUACUCCUAAAGUUACAGAUCAACUCAUGAAAUUAGAUGAACAAGGACUUAGUUUCCAACACAAAGUGGGUGUCAUGUACUGUAAAGCUGGUCAGAGCACAGAAGAGGAGAUGUACAACAAUGAAGUGGCUGGUCCAGCAUUUGAAGAGUUUCUCCAAGUGCUGGGGGAUAAAGUUCGUCUCAAGGGCUUUGAUAAGUACCGAGCACAGCUGGAUACAAAAACUGACUCAACUGGUACCCAUUCCCUCUACACGACCUACAAAGAUUAUGAGAUCAUGUUUCAUGUCUCCACUCUGCUUCCUUAUACACCAAACAACAAGCAGCAGCUGCUAAGGAAACGGCACAUUGGGAAUGAUAUUGUGACCAUCGUACUGCAAGAGCCUGGGGCCAUGCCCUUCACCCCGAAGAACAUUCGCUCCCAUUUUCAGCAUGUCUUUGUCAUUGUAAGAGUGCAUAACCCUUGCACUGAGAAUGUCUGCUACAGUGUUGCUGUGGCAAGAUCGAAAGAUGUGCCUGCAUUUGGACCACCCAUUCCCAGUGGAGUCAUCUUCCCCAAGUCGACAGUCUUCCGGGACUUCUUGCUAGCAAAAGUGAUCAAUGCAGAAAAUGCAGCUCACAAGUCCGAAAAGUUCCGUGCCAUGGCGACAAGGACAAGGCAGGAGUAUUUAAAAGACCUGGCAGAGCACAGUUGCACUAACACACCCAUUGAUCCUUCUGGAAAAUUUCCUUUUAUUUCUUUGGCUACAAAAAAGAAAGAGAAAUCAAAGCCUUACCCCAAUGCGGAAAUGUACAGUUUAGGAGCCAUUGUAUGGAAUGUCCACGCGGAGGACUACAGCUGUGCUGCUGAGAUUGACUGUUUGCUGGGUAUCUCAAAUGAGUUUGUGGUACUUAUUGAAGAGAGCUCCAAGCAGGUGGUGUUUAAUUGUUCCUGCAGGGAUAUUAUAGGCUGGACUUCAAAUCUCACAACCAUUAAAAUCUUCUAUGAACGUGGAGAGUGCAUUUUUGUCAGGACUUUUAAUAAUAACGUCGAAGAAAUUAAGGAGAUAGUCAGAAGACUGGAGGUGACCACAAAGGGAUGCGACACAGUUGAGAUGACAUUAAGGAGAAAUGCGCUCGGCCAGCUUGGUUUUCAUGUCAACUAUGAAGGGAUUGUGGCCGACGUUGAACCCUAUGGGUACGCCUGGCAAGCAGGGCUGCGGCAGGGGAGCCGACUAGUGGAGAUCUGCAAAGUUGCUGUGGCUACUCUAACCCAUGAACAAAUGAUUGAUCUGUUGCGAACAUCUGUAACUGUUAAAGUUAUCAUCAUUCCACCCCAUGAAGAUAGCACUCCUCGCAGGGGCUGUUCUGAGAUGUACCGCAUGCCCGUAAUGGAAUACAAAGUAAACAAUGAAGGGAUUCCAUACGAGUUUAAAUUGCCAUUCAGAAAUAGCAAUAAGUGGCAGCGGGGCAUUCCGCCAUCCCAUAGUACAGCUCAACUGCAAUCACAGACACAAAGCCAAGCUGCAAACAGGAUGAUAUCUGCAUCGGGCAGCAGGGCCCAGCCACAAGAGCGCAACUCAGCCAUGCCACGCAGUGCUUCUAGUGAUGGACGUUCAUUGGACACUAAAAGGUUGAUAUCUUCAAUGGACAGUCCUUACGUCUCCGCAGCACCGGUGUCUAUGGGACGAAACCAGCAUAGCCGCAAUUCUCCCAGCAAUCUGUCUUCUUCCAGUGAUGCAGGAUCCGGUGGUGGCAGUCAUCGAAGGCAGAAGUCCAUCCCUGAUGGAUUUGGUCUGAACCGGCGAUCUCCUGGGUCCGUUGACCGUCUGAGUUUUAAUGAGGGCGGCAGUAGCGGUAAAUCCACACCCAUUUGGCAGAAAAGUGAGGAUGGUGGCAUGGAGAAAACCACAACAGAGCCAACCUGGCACAUUCCAUCGGUGUCGAAGGUAACAUCUGCACUCAGAGAUAGCCCCAGUGGGAGGUUGGUGAGACAGGAAGUUGUGGACCAUGUUUCUCCCGUCAAACAUGGACAGUGUGAUAAUCCAUAUUCAAGUCAUUCAAGCAGCAACACACUUUCCAGCAAUGCUUCAAGUGCUCACAGUGAUGAAAAAUGGUAUGACACAGGGGACCGGACGGAGUCUGAACUAAAUGGUUAUAACUACAUCCAGGGCACGUCUGCAGACAGCGGCAUUGAUACAGCCUCUUACGGACCAUGUCAUGGCAGCAUGUUAUCCGCAGGGACCUCAGCUGCUGCAACAAAUUCUUUGAGGUCUGCACCACCAAAAGAGAAAGCUUCCCCCUGGCCCGGUUCAAAUGACAGCGGCAUGCAUUGCAGCCGAUUAGGAGAUCGGAGCUCCCUCAAUUACGAGAGGAGAGGAGCACUCUCACCAGCACCAAGCACAGAAAGUCAAAGUAGAUGUUAUGGAGGCUUGGUCCACAGUACUUCAAGUGCAUCAGCUCAAGAAAGUAGAACAUACAGUCUGAGUGAUACUUCCUCUCAGUCAAGUACUCUGAGUUCAAGGCAUUCCAUAAGCCCAGUGGUCUUUGCACACAGUAGGAGUUCACCCCACGAUGAGACCCGACCAACUCCUUCACCCCAGGGAUCACACCAUUCAUCCUCCACAUCUGGGCCCAGAACAUUUUAUCCUCGCCAAGGAGCAACCAGCAAAUAUCUAAUAGGCUGGAAAAAGCCAGAAGGGACAACCAUUAACUCUGUUGGAUUUGUGGAUACAAGAAAGCGCCAUCAUAAUGAAGUUUGUGAAAUUACACAGACAAGACUCAGGGCUUCAGUUCGGGACUUGAGGUCUCCUCAGAGGUCAUCAAAGUCGACAAUUGAAGAUGACUUAAAGAAGUUAAUUAAUCUGGAAAGUCCUCCUCCAGACACUGGAACAGAUGGAAAGCCUUCGCUUCCGGGCAUGCCCACCGCCAGGAAGCCACUGCAUCGGACUCUGUCGGAUGAGAGCAUUUACAGCGGCCAGAGAGAACCUUCAUACUGCACCUCCCACCAAUCGCUCUUGGACCAAGCCUUGCCCAACGAUGUCAUCUUCUCCAGCACCUACCCGUCACUGCACUACACACUGCCAGGCCUUGAAUUAUCUGCAUCUGAUGGGUCGCUGUCUGAUAUUCACGACAGGAGACGACAGCCACUAUCAGAUCCAGGGCUCAUGCCCCUUCCAGAUACUGCCAUGGGCUUGGAAUGGUCAAACCUCGUGGAUGCUGCAAAGGCAUUUGAAGUGCAAAGAGCUUCAUUAUUUGGUGUUGAUGACUCAGACCACAGGCCUGACAGUUUAUCCCUUGACAGCAGCAGUCAGACAGACAUACUUUCGUCACCACAGGCAGUAUCCAGAAGAGAUGAAUCUCCUACCACUCUGUCUGUCAAGGUGACUGAAUUGGAGAUGCUGCUGAAGGAACUUCAGGAUGACUUGAGAAGGGCAAAGGAAGACAGGGCCGCGCUGCAAGCAGAGGUGCAGCACCUGCGGGAAGAUAACUUACGGCUGCAGGAGGAGUCCCAGACCGCGUCUGCGCAGCUGAAGAAAUUCACUGAGUGGGUCUUCAACACGAUCGACAUGAAAUGACUUCCACAGGAGAACCCACAGAACAAGCCCUUGUUGAUGCGAUUCCUGUUUACGAGGAGUUCUACUUUCGAGAACCCCGAGCACUUUCAUCACAAGCUGAUUGAAUGAUUGUUCUCUGCACACCAGAUACAUCUUUGCUUGCCUUACAUCAGCAUCCAGAUUUGUUUAAAUGUGAAAGUCAGUUUUUGCACAUACCUUUUGUUUGUAAAGUUCAUUUUACUAUUUUGAGCCACUUUUGUGGCUUUUAUUUGUUACCAUGACGGACAUUAAGUGCUUUCCCAUGAUUUCAUUUGAUAUUAAAUAAUGUGUUUUUUGAGGGAACGCUUAGUCAGCUAUAUGCCAGAAACUUUUAAGAGUCUUAAAAGCAAAAAAAAAAUUUGAUUUUGAAUUCCAGCAAUGUUGAUUUGUACUUUAAUAAUGUGACCUUUCUUUAAUCAUUCACUGUGGCAGGUUUUCGUUCAGUAUUUUAAAAAUUAGAUUCUGAUUUAUUUCCAGGUUUAAAUUAUGCACGGUGUGAAUGUCUUUAUCUGAAUUUGAUUUUACAAACAAAGAAAGGUACAGUUUUGUGUCUGCUGUACGGUAAGGCUUUCUUUUCACACUUCUAAAAGCGCAUGUGAAACGCUGUUUGCAUCUUCCUGUUGUAUAGGUUUAGAUUAUAGCACAAAUUGUGACCAAAACGAUGAACAAUGAGAUUCUUCUGGCAUUUUAAUUAGAGUCUUAAUAACAAGAUAGGUUUACUUUUUAAGAAAUUCAUUUCAUUUCUUUAACCUAUUUUUAAUUCACAUCCUUUGGAGAAAAUCAUUGUUUAAGGAUGGUUCAAUCAAAAGAAAGCAGAGGGUUUUGAAUUGCUAUGGUAAUGUGACCUGUUAGCCCUGGGGAAAGUUAUUGGUUGCGAUUUCAUUGGGGUGGAUUUGGUUUUCCUGCUGAUAAUGGCAAUUGUGUUCAGUGCAGAGUUCAUAAACAUUUGCAGUGCCACUCCCUCUCCGUCAAAAUAGAUAUUUUGAUUUUGCCAAGAUAAUGGAAAAUAACUGAAAACUUUUGUAAAUAAAUUAAAACUGAACUUUUCAGAAUAUUUUGUAAGGUUCUGGUAGGUUUUGAAGUUCUGGAUUUUUUUUUAGUUUAAUAUGCCCUUGUAUGAAGGAGAUGUAUUAUACCUUGUAGUGUAUUGUUAAUACAAAUGGGAAUUAUGGCAGGCAUUAAUGAGGUUUUAAGAGGUAAUUGUUUGUUAAAUUUCUCCAUUCUCCCCACUCCUACCCCACCCAUCCCCACCCCAAAAAACAACCCUGGUAAGGAGUUGGAAUUAAAGCCCGCCUAUUUAUUGUACUAAAGCAAAUUUCUGAUUUAUUGUGACCUGUAUUUAAUCAGAAAUGGUACAUUCUAAACAUCUCACAAUAAAACUCGUCUCAAUGUUU